CAGGGACUGCGUGUUUUGGCCAAGGCAGGCCUUGCUGUGGAUGAUGGUGUGCUUCGUGCGCUUGAACUUGAUCCACAAGCACCAGGGAGGGAGAGGAUGGCAAGCAGUGCAAGAGCCGGGAGUGAACUUUCCCCCACAGCGCAGCUGGGCCUCAAGGGCUCCUUCAUCUUUCCCAAAACAUUCGACUUCCGGACCCAUCAUGCUGCGCCCACGAGGACGUCAGUCACGUGUUCCGGUGGUGGUGGAGGAGGAGGGAUGCAGCCCAUCUGCCAGAACUAUUUUCUACUUUUAUCAACAUGGAAAGCUCAGAGGCUAAUAAUAAAGGAAAUAUCAAUCAGUCGGAAGCUCAGCGCCGGAGUCAGCUGGACCGGUUGGACCGAGAAGAAGCUUUCUAUCACUUUGUAAAUAAUCUGAGUGAAGAAGAUUACAGGCUGAUGAGAGAUAACAACUUACUAGGCACUCCUGGUGAAAUUACGGAAGAAGAGCUGCUAAGAAGGCUGCAGCAAAUUAAGGAAGGCCCACCGCAGCAGCACACUGAAGACAGCAGAGGUUCCGAGUCCACAGAAGAUGUGUCUAAUGGCGAUUCCAUAAUAGAUUGGCUUAAUUCAGUUCGGCAAACGGGGAAUACGACACGAAGUGGGCAGAGAGGCAACCAGUCGUGGAGAGCAGUAAGCCGGACUAAUCCAAACAGUGGAGAUUUCAGAUUUAGUUUGGAGAUAAACGUCAACCGCAAUAAUGGGAACCCAAGUACAGAAGCCGAGGGGGAGCCACCCGUAGAAACCCCCCCUGGGGAGGACCUAGAAAACAGCCAAAGUGACACUGAGACUUCGAGAUCAGCCUCUCCCCCAGUUGUAAGGCCGAGCUCCUCUCCUCCCGUGGCCAGGCAGCCUGACUCAGAAAUGAGUUAUCCCGAAGAACUGAGUGAAGACAUCUCGCUUCAGAGAGGCCAGAGAAGGUCAAGAAGCCGAAGCCCUGAACAACGAAGAACACGGGCAAGGACUGAUAGAAGUAGAUCCCCUCUUAAUCCAGUGAGUGGAUCUCCUCGCAGGAUACAUCACAAUACAUCUUCUCAAACCCCGGAUCUUCCCUUGGUCGCUGAAGCAGAAGGAAGUUCUAGAACAAGGCAGCAUAUGAUCAUACGUCAACAUGCCACAAAUUCUGAGGCGCCUGCUGAAAAUACUGUUCUCUUUUCGACCUCUGAAGCCAGGCCUGUCCCUCAGGCAGUGAGUUCUUCAGAAACGACUGGCAGUGUGGAGCCCCCAGCCCCUGGACAGAGACCCCCGACCAUAGUGCUUGACCUGCAAGUGAGACGGGUUCGUCCGGGAGAAUACAGGCAGAGAGACAGCAUAGCCAACCGAACUCGAUCCAGGUCCCAGACGCCAAACAAUACAGUCACUUAUGAAAGUGAGCGAGGGGGAUUUAGACGUACCUUUUCACGCUCGGAAAGGGCGGGGGUGAGAACUUAUGUUAGCACCAUUAGGAUUCCCAUUCGCAGAAUCCUGAACACAGGCCUGAGCGAGACCACCUCAGUUGCCAUUCAAACCAUGUUAAGACAAAUCAUGACUGGCUUUGGUGAGCUCAGUUACUUCAUGUACAGCGAUAGCGACGCCGAUCCCGGGGGCUCGGCACCAGCCCCGAAUGUGGAGACGGCAGAGCCCCAGCCCGGAGGGGGCAGUGGAAAUGGCCACUUGAUCCCUGAAGCUCCUGAGGCUGGAUUGGGAGAGGCCUAUGAAGGCAGCCCUGAAGGGGGCCCCACAGCCGGCCCGAGACGGGAGGGGCGGAACACAAGGGGCUCCGUUACUUUUGAAGAAAGUGGUUCCUUGCCAUUCCUUAGCUUGGCCCAGUUUUUCCUGCUCAAUGAAGAAGACGAUGACCAGCCCAGAGGACUCACCAAAGAACAAAUUGACAACCUCGCCAUGAGGAAUUUUGGCGAGAGCGACGCUCUGAAAACCUGUAGUGUUUGUAUCACCGAAUACACCGAGGGGAAUAAGCUUAGAAAACUACCUUGCUCCCACGAGUAUCACGUGCACUGCAUAGAUCGCUGGCUAUCUGAAAAUUCCACUUGCCCAAUUUGCCGCCGAGCCGUCCUGGCUUCGGCUAACCGGGAGAGUGUUGUCUAAGCCACCGCGGUAUCCUUUCAGCUGAUUAUGUGAUGAGGGAGCGAUGGGCAAGACGCUGCUUGCAACGGCCACUUUUUGUGUGGUGGUUAUAAAUACCAAACAAAGAAUAGUGUGAUUUCCUCUUAUGAAAUGGAAUUUCUUUUUUCUUUUUUUAAAAAAAGAGCAAAACCUUCUCAAUUAGGGUUCCUAAAAUAAGACCAGAUUUGUGUUGUCAAUUAAAAAAGAAAAGAGAAAACUAUAUUUGCCCAAAGACACUUGGCUGUUGUAUACUUUCAGUUUUUCAACACAAAUCAAGUUCUUGGUCCCACCUGACCCCAAUGUGUGUUGAAUGCUGGAGGCCUCGACUAACUGGAGUCAUUUAGCCGUAUGCAGCCUGUGGAUGAAAGCGAAACAACUCCGCUCCCCUGGCAGAAAGUCACCUCCCACGUCUGAUUUUAGCUCCUUUCUUGUAUAGGGUAUUGAAUAUGGUAAUGUAAAUAACACUAACCUGAGCCCCUCCCUCCCACUGUACAGCUGUCUUAAGCCCAACACUAUGGAACACCAUAGAAUGACCUGAUAGUUUAACUGGGAUAUUUAUCUUGCUGUGGAAAUAUCUUAAUUAAUUGCUUAUGCUUGUUUAAAUAAACACUUUUGUUUUAAAAACAGUAAAAGCUUUUUGUACAGGUCAGUGACUUUUCCACUGCGCUUUUGUGCAAACAUUUUCAGAAUUUAACCCUCCACUGUGUUUAGCCACAAGAGCACAUGGUGUGGUUCUCCACCUUGGGCAAGCCUCAUGGCAAAGAGCCCAGUUUUCAUCAGUAUUUAUUAUUAUUAUUUUAUUUUAUUAUUAUUUUAUUAUUGUUGUUUUUGUUGUUUGUUAUUAUUUUUUGGGUGGGAGGAAACAUUGGGAAUUAAGACAACUGAGCUGAGCAAGUCCUCUGCAGCCUCUGAGGCACGAGAUGCUUCCAUAGUUUGGCUGCAGAGCUCUUUCUAGCACAUUUGCUGCUGCAACAGCAGCUUCGCUCACCUGAGCUUUCCCAGUACAAAUUUUCAUGAUGAACACAUUAUGUGUAAAGUCAGGUUAUACAACAGAUUGCACUGCACGACACACCCGAGCAAAAUGUGAUUGCUGGCUGCUUCAUGGCUCAGUGUGUAGUGCAAAUCCAAAUCAGUGUGGUUAGCUAAGGGCCCCGUAGGUUGUUAAGCAAUGUAACUGAAUUGAAUGGGAUAAGCGUGGUUCAGUUCUCCAGUGCAAGUUGCUGGGCCUUCUGUGAUCCCAGCUUUGCAAAGGUAGCUGGUUGUGGAGUUUUUUUGGCACUGUGAAAUCUGCUUAUUCUCCACCUUGCUCUGAACGCAGAUACUCUUUGUGCACCAUAUUUCUAACCACUGUGCAUCAGGCAUUUGUGGCUUUCAGCAAAACUUUCUAGUGACUUGUAUAUUUUUAAUUGGGAUGUUUUAAAAGUUGUUUCUCUGAAAGUUUAAUUCCUUGCUUGGAGGUGGAAGAGAAGCUCUUUGAAUAAAACGUACUGGGAUUCCCCCUCCCUCCCAAGCAAGUAGUUUAUCAAAUUAAAUCUUACGAAUUCAUCAAUUAGUCUUAAGGCAACUGCUUGGAAACACAUCAGAUUGUUUCUUCUAUGCUGUAUAUAUCCUAGGAAUAAUUUUUAUUGAGUAAAUAAAUUGUGCUUUUGCUUAUAGAUUUUGCAACCGUUUUUAUCUUCUGCUAAUGAUAUACAAAGAAAUGAUUUUUCAUUGGAUAUUUAAAAAAUACAUGAAGCACUUUCUGCUGUGCCUAGUUAAGAAUUGCAGCACAUUUUCUCCCUCUUCUACUGCCUCAAAAAAUUGGAUUGUAAUUCA